AUGGCUUGCGCCACCCUCAAGAGGUCUUACGAAUUUGAUCCUUUGCUUACUGCUCAACACCAACCUUCGCCAAAAAGAAGAAGAUGCGUUCCGCUCAAACCAUCAACACCAUCUCCUGCCGUAACAACAGAGUCGCAUUUUUUGGGUGUUGCUCCAAGAUUGUCCCAUGGUAUUGAAAAUUUUAUUUAACCUCUUACUUAUGUAGAUGUACCUUGACUUUAGCUGUAUCUUGUUAGUUUUGUGUAGCUCUCGACGGUUAGUAUUCCUUACCAGCUUAUUUUGUUUUGUCAUGGCUGUUGAUGUAAAGUAGCGAGUAUUGGUUCAAAGAGAUGUGUUUAAGUUAAACUCUCUUUCAACGUUUUUAAAAACUUAACAUUUGUCUUGGACGUACAUCGGCGUAUUGCGUCGUUUGCUCUAUUCAUCUAUUCAAGUGAGCCAAUUUAUUGUGAAUUUUUUUUACUUACCGGACAGUAUUGAGUGGCUACUAAAGUCACCUGAGAAAUAGUUCUGUUCUUUGAGUCAAUCGAGACUUUUUAAAAAAGAACUUUCUCUUCGUUAUAUACACUUAGGUUUCCUUAUGCAUAUUGAGGUUGCAAAUUUCCUCGAGGGGCUUGUUUGAAUGCAAUACUGUAUUUCACAUUUGCUUAAAUUUCAUCUACGCGUUUUUAACACACAUGGUGUUAUGUUAUAGGUCGAAAUUUCCUCUUAGAGAAAUAAGGCAGCUCAUUUUUAAUUUCCUAAUAUAUGGUCACCACUUCUUAUUUCUCAAACACCGUACUUUCGUAUGAAAAGAUUCUUUACAGUGACGAUGUUAUUCUCUCAAAAGAUAAUUUUCCAGCUUUGUUUCUUCAGGAAACGUUCCUUUUUGAGAACUUUUGUAUGGAAUGCUUCUAUACCAAACAAUAGAUAACAUGUGCUUUUAUGUCGCUAAAAAGGCUGUUUUCUGCAAUGUUUUACUUGUGUAGAUAUUGGCAUGCAAAUUGGGAUGUAGAAGUCUCUUGAAUGCAUUAUUCUUUUAGUUUUUUUCUUGUCACCAAGUCAAAGCAAACAUUAACGUUGAUGAUAUUUGUUGUUGGUAAAGCUAUAAAAUUCCUGCUGCUGUGUGAAAGACUAUAAAAAUUUCAUUUCUUCAUCUGUUUGAAUUUUGCUAAGCACAAACAUAAGAAGGACAGAAGGGAAACAGUGUGAGCGUAAGCCACACACAGGUUGAAAAGUUGCUAUUUUUUUUUAUGAGUAAAGCAGAACCUAAAAUAAUAGGCCAAGCCAUUCUGUAUAAAAAUAAACUGGCAGACACGCAUUUCUGGUUUGGUUCUACAUGUCAAGUGGACCAGUAACACCACAAAAUCCUCUAAAUUCAAGGAUUCAUGACAAAAUACGAUACAAAACAUGUCCCAGACAACAGAUUUUGACAUUGGUACCUUGUUUGCUAUAAUUAACAGUCCUGUUAAUGUUUUCCUCAAUUUACAAAUGUGUUUGACUGGUCAUUAGGUUUAGGUCUUCUGUUUUUGUUCCUUGAAAAAUUGUGUAAUGUGAACUAUGUAUGAACCUUUUUAGAUCAAGUUACAGCCAGCAUUCAUCAGGAAUGGAGACGCCUGCAGCGGCGGAGACACCUUAGAGUACCCUGUCCAAGUUCUCCAGAAAUGAGCGCCUUCUCUUCAUAUUCCCCUGGUUCUUCACCGCCACGAAAAGAGCAACCCCUUUUCACCCUGAAACAAGUCACUCUUAUCUGUGAAAGGAUGUUAAAAGAAAGGGAAACACAAAUAACAGAGGAAUAUGACAAAGUUUUGAGAGAAAAACUUGCCGGUAUGUGAGUGUGUGGUCAUGUUGUUUAGUAUACCUGUAUGACUGACUGUUACGCCAUGUUCUAAUCAGACAAUCCCUUCUGUUGGUUGGUUUGGUUGAAGAGCCCAGUAAAACACUGUUUAAUCAUUUUUGGUUGAAAUACACUGUCUUGUGACUGGGAACUAUUCAUAACAAGACUUCCAAGAUUUCAACAGUACAUACACUUUAUUCCAACAUGGCAGCAAAUUUUGUUAUUCUUUUGUCUUUAUGCUAAGUUGUCUUCAACACCUAAUUUCAAGGCAAUAUUUCUUUUGAAUUCUGCAGACACAAUUGAGGAAAAAAGAGCUAAUUAAAAUAAAUAUAAAAGAAAAGUGAUAUUGUUGCAAUUCUGGAAUUAGGCGUGUUCUGGCAAUCGAAACCCUCAUAAAAUGGCCAAGAAUAUUGCUCUUUAAUGAUACACUGUGGAUUACAUAGGGUGAGAGGAAAAUUAAAGAAGUGGCUUGCCCUUUGGGCAUACUGUUGCUGAAGUUUUCUAGCCUUGAGCUGUUGUUCUUGUUUGCAAAUGGUGAUGUCCAGAUUGGCGUCACUGCCAGAUUGCAGCCCGCAGAGUGUUGUGUACAGAUUUGUUUAAAUUCUAACUGAUAAAAUAGCAUUUAUUUUUUUCCUUUGUAAAUCCUAGAACAAUAUGAUGCAUUUGUCAAGUUUAAUUAUGAUCAAGUACAGAGGAGAUUUCAAGAGACAGCACCAACAUGUAAGUGUCCUAGUUUUAAUCUUUUACUAAUCUAUGCUUAUGUUAUGAGGUUUGUUUACAGUCAAAACUGACCUUAGGGGUUUGUAUCAAAGGGGUCAUUUUGAGAUAAUAAAUAUUAUAGAUCCACUUAUGUGGUGAAACCAGAUGAAUAAUAUUUUCAAAGGCUGAUUUAUCUCAGCAAUCCAUGGCCUAAUCUCCUUGCUCAGAAUAGCCAGCAGGUACGUCCGCCUUCAGCAAGCUCUUCUGCCAGAGACAUUUCACGAGUGUUGACUGCAUUUUGACCUCAAAAGCCCAUACUUUUGUUCCAGAAUCUGGUUAUGAGCUCUGGGUAUGCCAAAUCUACCAAGAAAGACUUAUUAGAGGGCUUUAGAUUUGAGGAUGAGAACAUUUACGAGUGCAAGAUUUAACUUAAAGUUUUUUAUGCGUGUUCUCAAAAAGAGACACCCCAGAAAGCUUCAUUUUACUUCAUUUUACAAACUUAGUUAAUAGAGACAGUGGGGCAUGCAAAAUGUCCAUAUUAUCAGGGUGGCUGUGUAAAGUGGGUUUUAGAGAAAAUGUAAUGUAAGGACUUUCUUUCCCAGUGACAAAGCAAACUGUCCAUGCUAAUGAGGCGUCCGUAUUAGGCGGGUGUCAGUAACGCAGGGUUUGACUGUACUUUUUAUUUAGAUCAAGAAAUAACAAAGUUAACAUUGUCUUUUUCUUUUUAGAUGUGUCAUAGAAUUGAUCCUGAGCUGGCUCAGAAAAUGGAUCUGCUCUUCCAAGUAUUUUACAUUAUAAACCAUGUGUAGGUGGAGUUUAUGGUGAUGCUGCUUUGUUAUGGACAAUAAUUAUACUGAUAAUACAAGUGCUGAGCAACAAAUACAACAGACUGUUUUCUAUAUCAUCUUCAGUGACUCCUAUUCCAGACUUUUUUACCUCAUCUCAUGUGGGCAGCGUCAGCAUAACAGCAAUCAGUUCAUUACAAUAAUAUUAAACAGACAAGAGAUCGUUUUCCUUGGAUCUUUUCAAAAUUAAGUGAUGUUUGCAUUAUUUACCUCUAAACAUUUCCCUUCAUUUUUUUUCUUGAUUUCUCUUGAAUACUGUUUUGAUGUUUACUGAAUGUAAAUACAGUUGUAAAUAAGGCCAGCUGAUUAGUUCAAGUUGUAUAUCUGUUGUUUAUUAAUUUAGAGUUUUAAAAGUCUUGCGUUGUCUGAUGACAUAAAUUGUGUUAAAUGAUUAUUAUUAGGGAGUGACAGGGCAAUAAAAUUUGUGUUAUUCAACUUUGGCUGGACAACACAUAAUUAUUUGAUUUUUGCUGUUCCACUGUUUACAGGGCUUAAAAUAAUGGCGGGUCAACAGACAGUGUCCCACCUGAAUGGUGACCUGACCAGCCAAGAACUUCACUUGCCGGUCAUGUUAACCAGUCAUGCACACCCUCAUUCUUGAACAAACAGACAAAUCCUCACCUGUAAAUCUUAGAUUUUUGUUUGUUUGUAUAGUGCAUCUUUUAAACUUGACUGUCACAAUGUUGUCCGUGCUUUUACUCAGGCAUUUUCGGAGCCAGUUAGUUUUUUUGUUAGAGUUUUUAGACCACGCCAGGUUUCUACCUUGGGUAUUUGAGUGGUAGAAGUUCCCCCUCCCCCUCCCAAAUGCCCAGCUUCCUUCCCAAAAAUAUUGUUAUCAUUAUGGAAAAUAAGUAACUAUAUCGGAAAAAUUAUCCAGACUCGACGAGGUCAGUGCACACACUGUAACAUUACACACAAUUUUGUCUCAAAAUGUACCAGAUUGCAUCUCGGCACAUAUUCAUUUCAACAAAUUUCUGGGGGGCAUUCCCUCGGUCCCUCCUAGGAAGCUCAUAGCCUUCGGCUACUCGGGACUUCUCCCCCAACAGAUAAAUUCUAGAUAGAACCGUGGACGCAAGGGGAACACAUAAAGAGGACUUCCAUCGUGCAUUCGUGGGUGUUCUCGAAAUUUCUCCUCUUGCCCUAACAAAACCCACACUUACUGUGAAGGCUACACACCAUGAUUUAUGCAUGCAAGUGUUAGCAAAAUAAAUUAAGUUCCAGAGUGCCCUACUUCCUAUUUCCAUUUGGAUAUAAAGCUGUAUCUUUUCAUAUCGGAGGUAUUUUUUAACGCAAGCUGUCGUUCAUGUGUACCGUGAAUUCCAUUGUGUCGUGACUAGAAUGCUAAGGCGUUAGCAAGAUCGAACCUGUUGACUAAGAGUAUUAUGGUAUUUUUUGAAGUGGCUUACCAUCUCCAGCGUGUCCGUUAGGAAUCGGAGAUCGGAAAAUUCUCCGGCAAAUGUUCUGUAGCAUAUGACUUUUUUAUUCAGACGGGGAGCCUCUUUCAAAAUAUUCCUCUGUAUCGUUACACCUUUCUCCUUUUAAACCCUGUAUCUCUCGGGCGAAAUGUGGGCUGUUUCUUAUUAUGUGGCUUGCCUGUGUUGUUUUGCAUCACAUUCAAACUUGGUUGCGUGAUUUGCACUCGGCUGUUUUUUUCAGCCGCCCUUUUUUCCCCUCAAACAAAAUUGAGAAUUAAGGGGAAGAGGCAGCUGUACGCAGUAAGGUUACAUUUAAUAGCAAAAGAUAGUCUGACGUCCAGCCCAGUCAAGUUUAGACUGCAAAAUAGUCCGCCGUUUUGUGCUGGUGCGGGUCAACAACGUGCGAGCGGUCAAAAGAGAGUCCUGGCGUGCAUUCAUUUAUUUUAGUAUUUUGCCACAAUUCCAAGGAGAAUAAAAAAGAUAAUAAAUAGGUUAAUUAACAUUAAAUUCAAAAUAAGCUUACACAGGAGCCCAUUAUGGGCUCCUGGCUUACAGCUUGGAAGUAGUGACAUGCGGCGGGUUACCCCACCUAACACAGGGGCGGAUCCAGGAUUUUUUUUAGGAGGGGGUGCACUCGUCUCUUGCUCUAGUUCAACACCAAUAAAUUACAUAGUUUUUUUUUUGCAGAAUACCAGUUGUAUUAGAAAACCGCAGGUGAUCUGGGGGGGGGGGGGGUGCGCACCCCUUGCACUCUCCCCCAUGUAACAUGUAAACGUGAUCAUAUUAAAAUGAGAGAUUGUAUGGACAGGCGGGUUACCCCACCUAAGCGGGUUACCUCACGUACCUGGGGUCCCCCAACUCUAUGUAAACAGGCCCUAAGUAUAUAAGUCUGUUUAGCGUAAAAAUAUAGAUAUUAUAGGUUGCAUCCUGUACGUCUGACCCUUUUCAAGACUUCCGAAGAGUUUUGUGGUCCGGAAAGUUUUUGCUCUUUGGAGUGUUUGUGGAAAGUAGGCAAACAUAAGUCUCCAUCUGGCAAAGUUUUUCUCAAACUGUCGGGAACCCUACUGUAUCUUUUCAUCGCCCUAGUCACUUCUAGAAAUGGGAACCAGAUCCCGGAGUCCAACAUCGUUAUGCAGUAUUCUAUCACGCCUCCGCAUUUUAACCAACAACCCCUACACAUAGAAACUGAUGUUUCGUCAACGGACCACAUGUCUCAUGAAUUUGAAUCUCUCGACUGUCACGAAUUCUUGUCAAAGCCGAAAAGUUACUUUAGGAACCUGACCAUGCAGCAGUGAAAGCGGGAACGGAAAGGAGGAGGGCUCCUAUCGUCGUAGGCUCGAUUUCCGCCGUCUCCCGGGUCCGGUCUUGGAUCCUCCCCGAAGAGGAUGAGUGCUGGGGGAUGAGUGCUGGCUCAUUUUCCCGAACAGCGGCUGGUAAUCGAGCCUACUAUCGUCGUUCCUUUCCAAGAUAUCUUAAACAUUACCAAGUACCCCGUGAAAAAAAGAAUGACAACUUUAACGGUACUAUGCGGAAGUAUACUAUGAUAGGAGUGGAUUUGAUUACCAAGGGCGACAUAAAACAAAAAAAGCAGUUCUGACAACGGCUGUUGAUGACAAAAGCACUUUUAAAUAAAAAAAAUAUUGAUUAUAAAGGAAUAUUGUUUAAAAUGUAUGUGAUAUAAGAACAGGUGCCAGGUUCAGGGUAGGGCUAGGGGAUGACUCAGCAAUGUUAGAAAUAUAGUACGUGAACGGUUGACUGAAACGAGGAACUGGAAAAUUGAUUCUGUGAUAACUGUUGAUAUUGGCAGGUUUACAAAGGUCAAUUGUCAACGCACAGAACUAGAGGAAGUGCGCGCCUUCCACAAAAUACGCGCGAGUCUUGUCUCAGAGUUUCUAAGGCAACCCCAAAAAUAAUGCUAGCUAAUGCUUGAGAAUCUACGCUCAGGAAUAGUAUUAACUUUUUAGUUUCCUCAGGUGAAUUUAGACAAGUGUGUACCAACUGUAUAGCCAUUAAAAAGUAAAAGACGCCCGAUAUCAUUUCCCUUCGGUUUCAAACUUGCGUGAUCCAUUCUGAGAUCGAUUUCCGGAGGUGUUCCGUUACGUCAUCGGAAGGAGAUCGUGGAUUUGUUCGCUUUCCGCGCAGGCUUCGAAAAGCAUGCGUAUUUGACUGGAGGACCGCGAAACGUUCACAGACCUGUAUGGAGACAAAAGUGGCUGUGUGUUUGGGAUGGCAAAGUUCGCUGUGAGGAGAUAUUCUGAUCCCUUCUACGUCUUAGCGCUGAAGGAGGCUAUUGUGAAAAUUUCGGCUCAGAAACAGUGUCCGAACGAAGGAAGGAUUGUACGAUCAGUGCUUCAAGAAUUUGAUUGGAGUAAGUCUGAGAUUCUUCGGCAGUUGAAGUUUGCGGUAAAAGAUGGCUUGAUUCUCCAAGUUACUACCUUCUCAAGCCACGGUAGUACUAAAGGAAUCCCACAGACGGCGUACAGAGUUCUUCGAAAGGACGAAGAGGACGAAGUGAGUAAAAUAAUUCGUUCCAUGUGUUAGAACACGCGUUCUUUAGUUUCGCAGGAAGUGACUAGACGCGCAAGCGAUGUUAGAAGGCCUCUUAUUGUUUAGGUAUUAUAAGCUUACUUAAACGCGGGGGCGGUUCUUUUCUCGUCGCUAACGUCUUUUACUGUCGAGGGGAAAGCACGACAUGGCAAGUAUACAUAAGUGAAUGUAUUUUAGGGUUAUUUAAUGGCAAAAACUUUAUGAUGAAAUAGUUCUGUUUGGGAAGACACAGUUCAGUGAUUUUAAACCCGUCUGAAUAUUCAUGCAAAUUGUUAUCGAACAAAACCGGAAUAUUCAUAACACGAAAAAAUACAAGAGUCUAUUCCCUAGUUUUUUUCUGAAUGGGAAGAAAAAAAUGAUUAGAUAACUUUUGUGUCUGUUACCUUGAGUUAAUGUAGCUUAAAAAUGCGUUCUGACAUGCCGUGAGAAUGUUGAACGCAAGUGGUUGUUGGUAUUUUGAACUCGGCUUCACUUUUAAUGCAGAUUAGAGGUUCUUGUGCCUAAUUGUUAUGUUCCACGUUUAUUGAGGUUUGUCUAUGAAUAUUUAUUGAUAUUGGGGGCCACUUAAACUCUUCUGCCGGUGAAUUUAUCAUUGCUUCAAUUAUCACGAUUGAAAAAAGAGGGAUAGUUCAUUUCUAAUCACGGAAGAUUUCUCAUCUAAGCGUGAUGAAGUCAUCGGCCGUGUUCCUUUCUCAGGUUUUGAACAUCAAGUAAUGAAAGUCGUGUUUUUUCUAUAUCUCUUACGUUGGAUCCACUGGUUUAAUUAAUGCUCGUUGGUUACGGUAAUUGUUUUCUUAAUUUGCAUAUGUUUGCAUACACAUUGCCAUUGAAAUCUUCUACCGAAAUAGAACGCCAUUUCUUUUCGGAAGUAAACAAUUCCUCCACAGAUGUGCCCGUUAUCUAGCCGACCAGAAUUGUAACAGUCACUGCAUUACCAAAAUUAAGAGUAUUCUAAUUGAGAACUGAUCGUUAUCGCAAAAAGCAUUAAUUCCCAGAGUCAUGUUUGACUUUCUGAUGUAUAGUUGUAUUAAAAAGCGCACAGAACGUGGAUAAUGGCACCUUAGUGAGAUAUUGUUUUAUCCGGUCCUUUCUAAAUUUCUUAGUUACAUUUUUUUUCUUUCGUUUGGCAUACAUUCUAGGAAGGUGUUAAAAUUUGCUCAACACAUAUUUUCUUGUUUCUAUCUUAAUUAGCGCUCCUUUUUAAACCUUAAGAUGCCAGUAGUCGUCUUCUGUUGAGUAUACAGUGUAUUUAGCUUGCCGUUGCCUUUCUCAACACCUUGCCAACAUUAAUCAUGAUUAAACACUGUUUUGGCUCAAAACCAGCCUUUUAAGUUCCUCUCAAAAAGAGGGACUUCCAAUGUUAUUUUCAGAAAUGAUUAGUUUUCAAGUAUUCUUGGUUCAAAUCAAAAGGCGUGCACUUGGUACAACAAUUAUUCUUUUUUUCUUUUUAGCCAGUAAUAUGAUGAUAAGUACAGUAUUAGUUGGCAAUACUCAAGUUUCUGCGGGGGCGUAGUGUUCAUGGUUUAUGCGUUUCAGACUUCACACCAUGAAGACAGGGUUAAAAUGCUCAACCCUUAGCUUGGCUCCAUGCCAUCACUUUGUCCCUUGCUCGAGAAAACUGUACAUUUGUCUCUCUCUACCCAAGUUUUUAAUCAGUGGGAGAAACAUAUGCUCAGGAUAUCCUUGGCAGGGGGGAGAGUACUCCCAUUUAUGGACCUGUAAUAACUGGCACUUGCUGUUGCCGUGUCUCAGUAAUAUUUUUGCGGGUUAAUUUUUGUAGUGUCACUUAAUCUUAUUGUUUUGGAAAAAUUAAUAAAAUAAAAUAAAGAAAAUAUGGGCUGGAUAGGUAUGUUCUGCCCAGUAGGGUAUGGUUUUGAAGGGUCCUGGACCUUGAGUAGGGUAUCAUUUUUGCCCUUGUUGGCAUUGUGUUCCUGGUGUGAUCCUUAGAUAGGGUAUCUAAAGUGUAUUAGCUUAAAUUAAGUGCAUACAUGCCCAGCUACAAUAGAACAAAACAUUUGUUAAAACUGAACUGGCCUUUAGAGUAUUAGGAAUAGUAUUAGUUUAAGUGAAAGACUCUCAUAGCUCAAAUUUCUCUGCCAGGCAGAAAUUUGUCUGCAGGUACAGUGUAUGAGCUGGACAAGUUUGGAAUCCACAGGGCAGAAACUCUUACUGAAAGUGUGAGAUUUGGCAGGUGUAUUAUUUUAAGCAAUGACCUUUAAGAGAGAGACCAUAGCAAGCUGAGGAUCAUUCUUACGGGGGUGUAUAAGACAAUAUUCUUGUAAACAUUGAAGCAAUAACCAAGAAAAAGUAUUGUCUUGUAACAAACCUUCUAGUACAGGAGUCCUUUUUAUGAAAUUUUUCUGUCCCCUUAUCUUUCAUUUUCUACUCAUCCUUAGAUUUCUUUUUCUGUGCAAUUCAUUGCUAACUUUAAGGUAAAUAAAUUUGCAGUAACUUAUAGUUUUGUCUUUUUCUUUGUGACAGGAAGAAAUAGAAAAUCAAAGGAAAAAACUUUCAGCUAACACACAUGACUGGUACUGUUGGGAGUGUCAUAAAGCAGGGGAAGUUAUUGCUUGUGAAUAUUGCCCACGUGUAUUUCACAAGAAAUGUGCACAUUCAGGAACCGUAAUCAAUGGCAAGUGGAAGUGCCCUUCAUGCCAGGUAGUCUACAAGUCAUUUUGGAGUCUUUUUUUUGUGUAUCUGUAGUUUGCAGUUAUAUAUAUCUGUAGGUUGUUGACAUUUACACUUUUGACCAAAACACCAUGUCUCCAGACAAACCUAUUUUACAAUGGGAUCUAUUUUCUUUGUAUUAAUAACAGGACAAGAUUCUAAGCAGUACUGUCCACUACAAGUACCAGCAAUAUUAUUUUUUAGUAAAAUCCAACUAGUGCAAAAAAGGAUUAGAGUCUAGCUUUAACUAGCUAAAGUUGAUUUGUCGCGACAUUUUUGACCAACUAGUUGGAUUUUACCAAAAUAAUUAUUCCUCUCGCCCUCAUGGCCUCUGAGUCAAAAGCCCAUUCGCCCUUCGGCCUCAUGGGCUAUUGACUCAGAGCCCAUUCGGGCUAGAGGAAUAAUUGUUAAAUAUGCCAACAGCCACCUCUCUACGUACAAUGGCCACUUUUUUGGCAGACAGUCUAUACAUUGACUCUUGUUUAAACCUCUCUACAAUGGCCACUUUCUUCUGUCCACAAGAUGGCCGUUGUGGGGAGUUUCAACUGUGUCAUCAAACUGUUUCGUAGUUAGUCUUAAAACCAGGGGCAUUUUUUUUUUGUUUAAGUGACCAACCAAAAUAUUUUGUUUUUGCGCAAAGGUGUUUGCUUAUGACAGGGUUUACUUAUGGGAGGUGGUUGCAUGUGGAGUAUGGAAUGUAGUAAAUUUCUGUGAUGAAAAAUAACCUUUUCUUAAUUUCUGGAUCUAUAGCCCCAGAAGUUACCUGCACUCAUGUCCAGCAAAACUGCAGAACAACUUACCAAGCUCUUGAAGUUUACUCUUGAGAGGAUGAAAGAAAAGGUACUGUUAUACGGAUAAUUAUCUCAAGGUUGCAAAUGAUAAUGCAACAACUGUAGCUGAUGUUUUUAAGAGCUGUUAUAUUAUAUAGAGGAUAUUACACGGUGGCGCGAAGAUAUGAAUUUUAUUUUCGAGUGGCAAAACAAUAUUUUAUGAACGAGCGCAGCUAGCCUGGGAAAACAUCCGUUUCUCCUCGCUCUUUGCCGCCGAGGACGUUUCGCGAGGAGGAACGUCUGCGACUCAGCGGCAGAAAUUCCAUACUGUUGAUGCAAUCCAAUGUUUACAUAAUAAAUCCAGUAGUCAUGGGGUUCCAAAUACGAAUUUGUCCAAUUUUAGGUGUCGUCUGGUCGAUUUCGGUAAAUUGUUGUGUUCAUCUGCCAACAAGAUCCAGCAAAACUCAAAUGCUUCUUAUAGAGAAGACUAUAUUCCACAAAUAUUGACUGUUUUGUUAGAGAUUCUUCGCGUUUACAUUCGACCUUUGUGGCCUUUUGUCUUUUGUCUGUCAUUUAUAAACCAUAGCUAAAAGAAUCUAACUUCUCCGUCGACCAAUCAGCGAUUCUGACCGGAUUCCGGACAGAUUUUACGUCAUCAGUAUGGAAUUUCUGUCACUGAGUCGUAGACGUUCCUCCGCGCGAAAUGUCCCCAUCGGCAAAGAGCGAGGAGAAAGGGAUGUUUUCGCAGGCUAGAGCGCAGUGAGUGAGUAAAAUAUUGUUUUUGCCACAAGAAAGUAAAAUUCAUAUCUUUAAGCCCCCUUGUAAUGUUCUUUUUAUUAUAUAGACAAAAAGACAUCGACAAAAUAAUAGAGGGAAAUUACUGAAAUUACGUCAUCGAUAAACUCAUGUGUGAGAUUAUGGAAAAUAAACCACUUGGUUCCCGGAUGUAGUUUUUAUGAAUUCUACGAGUGGUAUAUUUUCCAGUAAAACACUCGUGUCUAUAUAAUAAAUAGAGGAUAUUACACGGUGGCGCGAAGAUAUGAAUUUUAUUUUCCAGUGGCAAAACAAUAUUUUACGAAUGAGUGCAGCUCAUUUAUAAAAUAUUGUUUUUGCCACGAGAAAAUAAAAUUUGUAUCUUCAAGCCGCCGUGUAAUAUCCUCUAUUUAGACAUUGAUAAAAUAAUGGAGAGAAACUACCGAAAUUAGGUCAUCGAUAAACUCACGUGUGAGAUUAUGGAAAAUAAACCACUCGGGUCCCGGAUGUAGCUUUUAUGAAUUUUACGAGUGGUUUAUUUUCCAGUAAAACACUCAUGUCUAUAUAAUAAAUAGUAUUAUCACCCAAGUGAUCUACAGUUUUUACAUAUGUGUGUUAUUAUUAAGUAAAAUUAAUAAAGGUUAAAGAAGCUAAUAAUGGUAAAUUAACUUCUGGAAUUGCUGCUGUAAGCAGGAGUGUAAUAAAAAAUUGUUAUGAACUGAAAUGGAAGGGCCCUGGAACAGUUCUUAGAUGUAAGGCUGUUUUUGAGCCAGAGGAAAAUUAAUUGUUUUACAUUACAAUUUUCCAGAAGUUUACAUGUUUUUUGUUUUCGUUUUGGUGACUAUCACUGAUCCAUGUAAGUUCUCUUUUCUUUGGCUGUAAAAUAUUAUUUCAUCUUGUAAUAAUCCACAUCGAGGCUUAAUAGUUGUUGUAAUUAAGAUACUGUAUGUUGUAUGAAAUCACCACUUGCCUAACUAUAGCUUGGACCAUACUAAAGAAACCUGAAAGUAGAACUUAAUUUUUAAGCUAUCUCUUAUAAAUACAUGUUAGUUUGCAUUCUUCAUCACAUUCGUCAUGCACCAGUGUAAACUUUUGUAUUACAUAUUUAUUUAUUUAUUUAUUUACUUACUUAUCUAUCUAUUUCAUUAUUAAUUUAAACAGGCAAAAGAAUACAUGGAACCAGUUUCAUUGGAAGAACACCCUGACUAUGAAGAUUUUGUAUUUAAACCAAUGGAUCUAGUGAAAUUAGAACAUGUUAGUACUAAAGAUAAUCCAAUUUUGGAUGAUUUGCUGCACUUAACUAUUCUUCCCUCUGCAUAACAGAGUGAUGGACUAGCAGUCCAUCGAUAUAUAUAAGAAUGUGUGGCAAUACAUGUAGACAUUACAUGCCUCAUAUUUUAGACUCAGUUUUGACAGGCCAAAUCCAGGCCAACAGGCCAAGUCUCCGGCAUAGGUGCCAGUAAUUUUUACUUUUGGACAUAACCUUUAUGAUGUCCAAGACUAGCUUGGGUAAAAUGAAUAUUGUGCAUGCUUAAACAGAAUAAUUUUUACAAGGGUUGCAAAGAUGGGAAACAAUAAUGCUUGUGCUUGUUUUUAGAUCUAAAACUGUUCAACGGUUAAACCCUUUAUAUCAAAAUUUAAAUUCUCAUGUGGUGCCCCAUAUACAUUUUCUAUUGAGGUGGUGGGGAGAAAUUGUUGAAGUAUCAACUCGUUAUGUGAUCAUGUCCUUAAUUAUUGUCACCAAUCUGUUCACAUUGACAUUUCAAGCUGAUCAUUUUAGGGCUUAAAUUGUCAAGAACUUUCAUUUAAAGGGUUACCCCAUAGCAUUUUAUCUGUAUGCUCAAAAGCCAUGGGUACUAGUCCUUAAAAUGUCUCCAUUUGACUAGAAUACAAAAUUCAAUGAGAGCAUUGCAAGCACUGUCUGAUCAGAUUGUAAUGUGUGAUUUCUUUUAGAUGGUAGAUAAAAGGAGUUUUAAGACUCCCAGAGAAUUCAGGGAAGAAUCCCAGUGGAUGUUCCAUAAUUCAUUAAUUUAUUUUGGAGGUAAAAUACAGAAAUCAUUUUUCGUUUCUGGUCUUUGUUCAUGUUGUUCAUUUUGAGUUCAAAAUUUUUGUAGACAGUAAAGACUCCUUGUUGAUUAUACAAUGCUUUUGCUUUUUUUGUAAACGUUUAUGAUAGAAUUGAAAUAAUUUCCUCUUUCAGAUGAUGAUUAUAUGACUGAUCUUGCAGAGGCUAUCAUGGAAGAUUGUGAUGGGGAGGUUAGUGAUUAAUAUCAGGUUUGAACUCAUCUUUCUCCUAAUUACUUUUCUCCACACCUCAAAACAAAUGCACCUGCAUUUGAUAAACGACUGUGAUAAACUUCAUUACAAAUAAGUGAAGCCCCAUGGGAUGAAUGCGUUGUUUGGAUAACUGUGAAAUGUGUCUGAGAAAAAAAAUUGUGUUUUGGGGCAAGAAGAUACUAAAAGAUGCAAAUAGUUACCCAGGGGAUGGAUUUCUUUUGCAUGAGUCAGCCAUUUUGAGGGUUGGUAGAGUUGACUUUUUGUGCCAGUAGUUUCAGCAGUUAUUAUCGCAAGGUUUUGAGACCCUUUUCAGCACAGGGAGUCCACACAGUCUGUUUGUGUAACUGAUUGCAUUUUAAUUUUAGAGUUUGUGUCAUCUAACUUCAUAUGUAGUGGUAUAUGGUUAAAUAUGAGUAUGAAUCAAUGCUAAAUAAACGUUGUGUUACCUUACCUUCAGUAAAUUGUUGUCUUUUUGGCUCAGAAGUGGUAUUUUGAGGGAUUUUGAAGGAUUUUGAGUUCGCUCUUUACUGAUAUAAUUCCUCUUAAAUAAAAUUACAAUGCAAUUAGUUAUACAAACAGACUGUUUGGGCUCCCUGUGUUUUCAGUUAAUUCACCAGCAAACUACCCAUUUCUAUCUGAAAAUAAAAUUUCAAUCCAGAUAGCCCAAAAUGUUUUUAUGUACAUCUUUACAGACCUUAGUAACCAUUUUCAUCGCAAAUAAUCCCUUCUUCAGCUUAAUGCUUCCUGCCUGUAUAGCUUUUUGUAUUUCCAGGGGACGUUUCUGCUAACUGUGAUAAUUUAACUAAUUUUUAGUUGGAGGAAAUGAUCCGAUGUCCUGAUUGUUAUUUGAUGUCCAAUGUGCGGAGUAAAAAUUGGUUUUGUAAACCAUGUGUAAGUGUCGUUUAGUAUUAAUCAAAACAAUCACGUGAAGACAAUUUCCAUCACUUCUUUGUAAUAUUGCUUCUCCUUUGUAUAAACUGAUGAAAUGCAAAACUCUGAGAAUGUGUUGUGCAUUACUUUUUUCCUUUAGAAAAACAUAAAUGUGACGGAAAAUCUUUGAUUUGUUGAAAAUUUAAAUUAAAACUUUAGCAUAUAAGAUCUAUAAAUUACAGUCCAGUCGUUUUAAGUUUCGACACGCAACGCUCCUUUCCAGAAUAAUUCAUACGUUUGUGAACAGGAGCGUUGCGUGACAACACUAGAAACGGCUGCCUAGGAGACCUAACGUUCUUAGGGCUAAACGCGUGACGAAGCCAUCAGAGCGUCUGCGUCUUCCAUCUUAUGCGCAGCCAAACAUUUUCCAGGAUAGUUGUUGACUUGAAUAACCACUGCCUCACCUCUCUAUUAUGGGUUUAGCUAUAAGACAGCCUGAGAAAACAGCCGUCAUUUCUCAACGCCACUAUUGGUUUCCACGAAUGGCGUCUGAAGAAAGAGCGCAGAAAUUCCAUACUGAUGACGUGUUGCUACCCAGAUCUGGGGACUGAAGCAAGUUUCCCACGCGACACGACCAAUCAGAAGCACUGGCCAAACCUUGGUAGCAACACGUAAUCAGCAUGGAAUUUCUGCGCCCUUUCCUCAGGUCUCGUUUCUUGGGGAAACCACAGGUAACCCAGGCUCACUGUUUGUGUCACGGACGGGUUUCUAUAGAGAACAUAUGGGGCGAAGUUUAGGUCUGGAAAUUUGCUAGAAAAUGGAAAUAAAAACCGAUGAAACUUACCAUAUGGCGAGUUGUUGUUGUCCUUAAUAUGCACACGAAGUUUCGAGAAGAAUAGUCUGCUUCAUCUUUCCUACAUAGUUUAGUGGCCACUAUAAAUUUCGCCCCAUAUGUUCUCUAUAUUUACUCGUGUUAUGAAACCCGUACGUGACACAAACAGUGAGCCUGGUUUACCUGUGGGGAAACCAGUGGUGUCGUCGCAUAAUGCCGACUAUUUUCCCAGGCUACCUAUAAGGCUUCUUUCAUUCGCUUCUUGCCGUAGCUCUUUGCUGUAUAAACCAGCUAUUAACUGAAACAAUAUAAUUUUUGCAAAAGGACCGCCCUUGGUUUUGAAAAAUUUAAAAAUGGAGAUCUGAAAAGUACAAGGGCAAGGUUGAUUGUAAUUGUGCUUUAUUGUAGUACUUUCCUCAUGAGCUUGUCUGGGCAAAGAUGACAGGAGAACCACCGUGGCCAGCCAAAGUAAGUCAUAUAACCACACGGUAACAGUUAACGCCCGAAAGUCAUCUCGCCCGAACCCCAGAGUUAAUUUACACUUAGAUACAUAGUCUCUGAACCUAGACAACUUUAAAAAGGUGUAUUUGAAAACAGGAUUAAGCGUUAAAAGGCCGUGACUGCAUAGCUUUAUAGCAGGCGACAUAACCUCGGGCGAGAUGAUAUUCGGGUGAGUUUGACGGUAAACCGUUGAGUGACCGGCACCACACCACUACUUGGGCACCACACGGACCGAAAUUUCUGCAUGUAACCCAACGAAAAGUUGUCCCGCCUUCUAGGAUCUUCCUUCCUCCAUGUAAACAGCCCUGCAGGCACCCUCAACGGCCCGGCAACGAGAAUAACAGAAAGUAAUAGGUUAAGCAAAACGGUAACUCUGCACGUGCAUCACGCUUUUUUUGUAAAUUUCUUUGCCUUCGCUGCACAACUACAACGUUACUUGAGAACGGUAGAGGCGAUGAAUUUCACCAGCUCUCUUCGAACUCGGACGCGUUCCCUCUCUUCAGUUUCAGUCUCAAUUUCAAUUUCGCUACUUUUAGGUAGUUGGGUGACUUGGUAUAAGGGCGCAAAAGUUUGAAAGGACGAAAAGUCAAUUUUUCAGUAACCUUUUCAUUGGCGUCGCCGUUAUCAGAUUGUAAGGUCCCUAGUGAACACAAGACAAGGCUGUUUUCCUUUUUCUUUCUCUCAACUUGGAAGCGAUCCUUUAGAAUUUAGCACCUAAAAAAUUCGCAGCAUUAAACAAAUUGGCGAGAUGGAAUGAGAGCGAUGAAGUUUAAAAUUGCGCGAAGUGACCUUUUCGUCGCCAUCGCGACACAAAGUCAGGGUGUUGAUUUACUGAACAAGACUCUGAAGACUAUUACUAUCACUUGCCUACAGCUCAUUCCCCUAUAUCGACCCUAUAGGUGCUGUGUGCUAAGUAAAAAUGUAUCACAACUUUUGUUUCAGUUACUAAGCUGGAGUGAGGACAAUACAAAAGCUUUAGUUCGAUUCUUUGGCUCCGCUCACCAGAGGUACGACUACACUUGAUUUAUUGUUUUAAUUGUCUUUGUUUUCCUGGUUAUUUGUAAAACACGGUGAAAGGCAACGUCCACUUUGAAACGCAUUUCAGCACCCACAGAGUGUUGCCUCAUCAACUUACAAAAUCAUUAUUCAAUAGGUGAUUUACUCUGGUUUUACCGAAACGAUACUGGCGACCCGAAAAGAUACUGACAUUUUUAUGCGGAAUAGAUAAUUUGAACAUAGUUAAUUGAGUGGAAUGGUUAUGAAACCCGUCAGACUCCUUUGUUAUAUGUUUUUGUGGACCUGAAAGUGCACAACGUUCAAAAGAAUUCCUAUCAUUUUGAUUGUAUUGACCAAUAAAAACGUUCCGUAACAAUUUGCCAACAGAAAACAAAGGAUUGUGCACUUUCAGGGUGCUUCCAACAUAAACUGUAGCACUGUUGUUUUUAUCAUUGAUGUUUGCCGCUUUUCAUAACCAGUCUCCUCUAAUAACUAUGAUUUGAAGCUGUUAUUGUGCUUCGGCGGCCUUGCCGGCGUAUGUUUUACUUGAGUCAAAACUCCUAUACUUGCGCUUCUGCUGGCGUCCUUGGUGAAAUUAGGAACGUUUAGAAAGAAUAAAAAGAAAUCAGGACUCGAAGUUGUUUAACAUGGGUAAAGCACAUGAAGGAGAUUUUUCUCAUUGUUGAAGCAGAAUUAAGGGUCAAGUAAUACGGGCAACAUUUUCUCUCAACCGUUGCAUUGCAAAUUGAAAAGCGUUGUUGCCCUCAGUAUUACCACAUUCACUCUCAACUUGUGACGUAACAAAUUUCAAUGUUGCAAGUUGCGGCAACAUGUUGCACAAAGUAGACCCGAGUUCUACUUUUGGCAACCAACUUUCAAUUUUAUCACUUGUGUGACAACGCUUGUAAUUGGUCGAUUUUCCCGCGCUAAAGGCGCGGGAAAGAUGGUGAAUAAGCGCGCGCUUGACCUCGGGCAAAUUUAGGCAGGAAGUAAACAUGGCGGAGGUUGUGGAGGGUGAUCAUGUUUAAGCCCAAGAUUGUGAUUUAAAAAGUGAAAAAAUGUCAGAGGCCCAAAGAAAAGAUUGAUGCAAAGAACUUGACAGGCCCCCAUGUCUAUGGGAAACUUGUGGAGCGAAUUAUAAAAACAAGCAGCGGAGGACAAGAGCUUUGGAUCGGUUAUCAUUCAUGUCAAACCUCUAAGCAACAAUGUUUCCGGCCCGACUCAAGUGCCUUUAUCAGCUAAUGGUGAAGCCCCCCUCUUCCCACAAAGCAAUCCACUCUAUUAUGUAAACCUUUCGGUUUCUUUUGCGUGGUUUUGACCUUCUUCGUCCAUUGAUAAUCCUUAACCAGAGGGGCUGUCCCUCGCUUUCUUAGAAAGGCCAGCGCGUCAGCGAUUUUGUUUUGCUGACACAAAACACACCAUUGACCAAUCACAACGCGGGAUUUUCGAAAAUGAGCCGCAACUUGCACCAUUGAAAUUUGUUGCGUGACAAGUUGAGUGCGAACUUGCAAUGCAACAAUUUUGCGCGACAAGUUGAGCGAAAAUGUUGCCCGGUUUACUUGACCUUUAAGAUGACUGGGCACUGGUAAUAUAAUGCUGUUUAUGAAAACAUUGCCUCAAUUUCAUGUUUGGCAUUGCGUGUUUUGACGAUGGAAAACGUGCUGGAAUUCGACCCUCAUGUCUCUAAAGAGCCUUUAAAGGGCAAAUAUACAGCCUGAUAUUUAAGAUGAACUGAAAAAUAUAUAUCGCAUUACUCUUUAUUGGCAACAAAGGCGUUGUGAAAACGAAAAAAAGAAACCUUUCGACAGAUGAGAAGUGAAUUGGUAUUUGAUAGAUUUGUAGAAACGCCACUUUUAAAAGUCAUUGCCAGCUUCGUCAAGGAAACGCCUGUAGUUUCUAUUUUAUUAGGAACUUUAGAGAAAGUCAAUGUUUGUAAACUGUUUGCAUAUUUCUUUGUAUGAAAACAAACCAAAUCAUACGCACUUAGAGGAAAACUCUUUGAAAAUUUGUCCAAAAAAUGCCCGUUUUCAGUUACAAAUUGGUCAAAAUGUACACUCGUGGUCAUGAUCUAGUGCUCCAAAAUUCCGGCAGCCAGCCAAGCACUGUAACCACUCGGAAAUGCUUGCAAGGUACGCUGGCUCUUGGUGGAAAGUUAGAUUUAUUGUUUCUUCACUAUUUAUUUCUCCUGCUGCAGAUAAUUUUGAUAAAGGGCCUUAAUGACCGUCAGCUUGUCGAAGUUUUCGAAUCACUAAGUGAUCGAAUUUCCUUCUUGCUUAGAUAAAGCAAACUUGGUGUAGGGAUUUAGCAGGGCUCGAAAAAAAAGUUGAAUUGCAAGUAAGCUUUACAAGUGACUUGCCCCGCAAUAAAAUCUACUUGUCCCGCAUUGCCGGAAGGGACUUUUUACUAGCUAUGUUUAGGGCUGGAAACAAGGAAUGUGGAUGUUUUUACUUGGUUACAACCAUGUAGUGUUUUGAAUACCUUGACUGGAAACUGCGCAGCGGCCAUUGACUGCUUUGUCUGUUCUCUUUUGAAAAGAGCCUGGGUCGGCCGGAAACACGUGAUACCGAUCACAAGUAAACCGGAAGUAAAGAAGCGUUCUCAAAGAUGGGUGCAGGCUUGUGACGAGAUGAAAGAAUAUCAACGACAACUUACUUUGCUUUACCCUGACGCAAGAAAUGAACAAGUAUCUGUGAGUGUAGUAACCUUAAUUCUCCCCAUUUGAGAUAACAUGUAUCGUGAAAGUCACCUGCGAGCAGUACGCGCGUUCUCUUGCCUCCGUUAGUCUGUGGUUUUCGCCAACCAUUUAUUUAUAAGUGCGGCUUAUGAUUAUGAUUUUAUUUGGGGAACAGACGCGAUUUCAUCAUCAAUCGUAACUGUAACGAAGUUCUCCAAUCUUAUUGGCUAUUUAAUAAAUAGACGACAAUUUUCUAUGGUCUAUACUCCUCUUUAGCAGACGGCAAUCCAUUUCUCGCUCGCUGAUUGGUCGAGAGCAAGAGAUGAUUGUGGCUCUUGUCGAGAGCUUAUGGUCGAUAAGAGUAGAGGCCGUAGAAAUGACGUCAUGAUGAUGCAAUUUGUCUUUUUCUUUCGUGCGAUUUUCCGAGAAAUUUGACCGGAAAUGGACGUCAAAAACCAACGGUGUUAUUGUAAAAAAUAUAAAUCGGUAACAUUACUCUUAUCGACGUAGAAAUGACGUCGAAAUGUUCAAAACUUUAAAGGAAACCACUCGCCUGCAGGUGUGGUUCCACUUAAGUUUUGUGUGUUUCCGGGGGGGGGACUGCUUCUCUAUGAAGGGCGUGGCCCCGAACUUCGCCCCUUGUCACUACUUGCAAAUUGAUUUUGGCGAAAACAACAAUGAAUUGUGGUGUUUUGUUUAAUUAAUUUUAACAGUUGUUGAUAAUCUAUGUUUGCUGUGUUUGUUUUCUGGAGCCCCAAACGCUGGUAAGCGUUUUACUAUGUGAUAUCGGAGAAAUCCUCCUGGCUGUCUAACAAAGUUCACUAAAGGGACACAAUUGUUUGUUAACCCCGACAUUCUUUGAUCCAUUCGGAAAAAAAGGGGAUUCUUUUACGUCAGCUGACAAAGUUUAAAUCUGGCCUCUGUUUCAGACCCCACAACCAGCCCCCAAAAGUGAGUCGAAGGAAAGUCAGACAGACGGAACAUAUAACCAAGAAGAAAAAGAAAAAAUCAAGCAGUUAGAAGACAAACUUAGGCAGCAAGAACAAGAGCUUAAAUCGGUGAAAGCCGACUUGGAAUGUGAACGAGAACGUGCUAAACAGUUAGUUGAUAACGUUAAAAAGAGAAAGGAGGAACAAGAUCAAAGAAUAUUGCGUGACAAGUCUGUUGUUAGUAAGCAAAGUUGUGACGAAACAUCGGAGAAUUGCAGUAGUGGUACUCCGACAAUUGACCUGUCUACUACAAGGGAUCAACCCAAUGUUAUUAAAAUGUUACAAGAGGCGCUUGAGCGGGAGCGUCAAGAGAAGAAAGACCUUAUUGAAAAAGUCACGCGCGAUUCGCAAAAGAACAAGGAGCGAGAGAUCCAGCAGGCCGUGAAGAGAGCCGUAAAUAAGGAGAGAUUGGAACGAGAACGCGUGACGGACGAUGCAGUUAAGAGAGCGCUAGAAAAAUGCAAACAAGAAAGGGAAAAGCAUAUUCAAAAAGCGCUACAGAUCGCGAAGGACGAAGCUGAAAAGUCCGUGCAGGAAGCAGUGAGCUUAGCGAAGAAGAAGCAGUGGUGUGCAAAUUGCCGCGCGGAAGCUUUUUAUCCGUGUUGUUGGAACACAAGUUAUUGUACAUUGGAGUGUCAAAAAACGCACUGGUGUACUCACAGGUUUCAUUGUAUGAGGGUACCGUGUAACUGCAGCAGAGAAAGCCCUCUCACACGCACGUGA